AUGACAUCAUCGCAAGAACCCAACUCCCUGUGCUUGAAGUGCAAACUUGUCGAAGAUUACCUAUCGGAAGAGUGCAAAUCUCGUCGAAUCAAAGCUAAGAAUGGGCCCUCAUCUGAUUCAUCUGCUAAGCACUGCAACUGUAGCUGCACAAAACCUAACCUUGCCGAUGAUUGUGACAAUUUCCUGAAGAGCGGAGUCCCUAGCCGUAUCAUGUAUUACAGACAAGGUUCUUGGGACAAUUUUCCUGAGAAAAUAAUGAAGUCCCUCAUUGAAGAAUUCAGUGGCAACAAAUCAAGUGUUGUUUCUGUGAUGGAUGAUGAGCCUCUUCUCAUUGAUUUCUUGUCAAUGACCAUGGUCAACCUAAAAUCUAGAAAGCAACGAUCUGUUGCAUGGGUUGAUGAUACUGGAAAGUGUUUUUCUCCUUCUCUGUUCCUUGAUGAGGAAAUUGAUGAUAUGGCCAAAGGGGAAUCUGCUAAUGUUCAGCGCACUGUACAGGGAAUAAUGUUGGAUAAGGAUACAAAUGUUCCACCUGAAGUGGUGAAGCAAGUUGUCCUUGAUUCUAGCUCUUCAGUUCCUCAUAAACUUUCCAACGCAGACAUAUUACGCAAGAAGAUCACAGCCAGGGAAAGAGGCAGCAGAGACUUUCUAUUUUGUAGACUUAAAGCUUUUGAAAGACAGAUUAGGUCCACCAAAGAAAAACGUGGUGAUGCAAAUGUUAGAUAUGGAUGGCUAGGAUCCAGGAAGAAUGACAUUGUCAGGAUUCUAAUUAACGGUUUGGAUCCCACUGGAGAACAUGUUGAGAAGUCAGAUUUGAGUGCUGGUGUUUAUGUUUCACCAGUAGACCGAACAUUUACCAGUGUCGGUCUUUGUGAUGUUGACGAAAAAGGAGUGCAGUAUAUGUUACUGUGCCAAGUGAUAUUGGGUAACCUGGAAGCUGUGGAGCCUAGAUCGCAUGAGUUUUUUCCAACCAGUGAAAUAUAUGAUUCUGGUGUUGACAAUUGCUUAAACCCAAAGUGUUAUGUGAUGUGGCCAUCACAUCUAAGCACUCACAUGCAGUUAGAAUAUCUUGUUAGUUUCAAGCUUGCCCCAGAAGCUCGAAAUUACUUGCUUGGCUUGAAAGGCUUAUGGUUUCGCCCACCAUCAAAGGAAGUUGCAGUGGAUAUUUCUGCUCUUCAACCUGUAAUGUGUGAAGCAAGUGAAGGACCAAGUACCCCAUGGAUAUCAUUCAAAGUCCUGUUCAGAUUAAUUCAAGAUAAAAUAUCCUUCAUAGCAAGGGAACUGCUCUUCCAUCAUGAUGAAGAGCUGAAGGAAGGAAAAAUAACUCGUGAAGAAAUGGUGAAGAAGAUGAUGAUAGUUGGAGAGAAAAUAUUUAUGGAAGCCCUGAAGAAACUUCAUUACUGUCCAUCAUUAUGGUACAAAUCUUCUGUUAAAGCUAUUUCUAGUCAUCCUGUAAGGACUGAAGCAGAGCAGGUAUCCUUGGAUACAACAGGCAGGAGUUGUAACCAUGGUGAUUCAUGUGCACAAAAUGCAACCGCUGAACACUCAGCAGGUCCUCUUAGCACCAAAGUAUGCGGUGCUCUUCUUACUGACAUGGUUCCCAAAGGCUCUGACUAUCCAGCACCAACUGGUGUACCAGAAACAUCUAGUUCUGCUGGUGCCAAAUGCCUGGCUUCUCAAGGCAUGGAGGGUGAAGGUAGAGAUUCUCCUAUGCAGAUCAUGUCACUGGGAAACUCUGCAGCUCAACCUGCGAGAUACCAAUAUCCUACCGUAACAAGAAUGCCACCUAUAAUUUGUGAUGACCCUUUGAGGAUUUCUCCUAGAAUAUCUGCAUCUCCUGGUGUGGAAGUUUGCAAUUUUGCUCCAACAACCACAGGGCCUCCUAGUUGUGCUUCUCUAGCUCCAACUAAUGCUUCAAAGACCCAUGAGAUUUUGGUUCCAGGUUCAACUCCUAGUCCUAAGGGCCGUGAGUCUGUUGUGCCAAUCUUGUUACUUAGAAAUUCAAAAAGUGCAGGCGUCAACCGUCUCAAUCCUGCACCAAGGGUGACACCUGAAGGCCAGGUGUUUCUUUCGCUGGGUAUUGCAUCACAGGGCACUGUUCUUCAUCCAGUGAAAGGACCUAAUGCAUCAUCAUCGGUUGCCAGGCCUCUAGUCUACCCACCAGGACGUGGGAAAUCACCAUCCGUGAGCACAGGGGUCUGUGAUUCUGUAUCACUGAGCAUCACACCACAAGGGCGUGAUCCUCCAGCGUCUAGAGCAGAGCCAAAGCAACAAGGAUCUCCUGCAGCUGAUUCAACGCCAACAAGCCGUCGCCCACCUCAAGACAUGGAUGCGGUCACCAAGGUUCAUAAUGCUCCCACACCAAUAACCAGGGACAGGAAAGACCAGGUUGUUGCACAGUAUAAGCUGCCUGGGCCAGGCCUUCAUGGUUGCAGCCAUGUCGAAACUCUCAUCGCCCUAUCAACUCCGCGAGAGAAGGGCGAGCGUUAG